AUGACGGAACUACCAGUUCACAAGAAAAAUAUGCUGAUUCUAGUUGAUGUUCUCUGUGUGGUUGUCGGUAAGUGCCCUAUUUCUCUCUCUCUAAUAACAUGGCUGAUAUAACAUUAUUUGUUGUAUUACCGAAGGACACCACGCUCUCUCCGCCGUCUACAUGCCCAACGCAAUAGGGUAGCACUAGCCACCGAUAAAUCAAUCAAAUAGUUGUUUAUUGGGUAAAUACUGGAUAAGACUGAGAAGGUGGGGGACUUUGUAAACAAUGUUUAGGCAAGCGACACACACAAGCCACAGGGCAAAGCCCAACAUGCAGGACACUUUCCAGUAAGAAGAACAGGUGUUCUGUGUUACACACAGACACACACACAGAAAGACACACACACACACACACACACACACACACACUGCAAUAGUAUUGUAAUAGGAAUAGAGAGUCAGCAUUGCUCGUGUUAUAUCUUGUUUCAUUGAUUCUUUCGUUGUCUGUCAGCACAUUACAGGUGUUCACAGUGCCUGGUGGAGUGGUGUAACAUUGAUCUUUAUUGAUUCAAAUAGAUUGUAGGCUAAAGUCAUCAGUCAGCAUGGGAUACUAACACAACAUGCAUAGUCACAAUUACUAUGAUUGUAAGUUUACUAUUUCACAGUUAAAAUACAUUUAUGAUGACCAUUUAAAAAUAAGCUGUAAUGGCUCGUGUGUGUGCGCGCGCGUUUGUAACGGAAUACCUGUUAUUUUGACUGGCCUUCCAUGGAAAGUGUCCUGUUUGUUGGGCUUUGCCCUGUGGCAUCCAGUGUGGUUGCUGUGUGUAGAGCCGGGGUUUGCAUGUUGGGACUUGCACUGGACUCUCAAGUCUACAGGAUCUGUAGUUUAGAAUAGACAUUUGGGUGGACAGUCUCCUUCCCUCUCUCCAUCUCCCACUCCCUCCACCUCUUUCCCUCUCCAUCCCUUUCUUUCUUCUCCCAAUCCCCCACUCUUUGUCUUCCUGCCACAAUCCUUUGCUAUCUUUAUUUUCAAAUUUUUAUUUUUUAUUUAAGCUUCAUUUAACUCUUUCUCCCGUGGUAUUUAGUGAGUGAGAGAGUAGGGUUGUUUAACAGUUAAGCAAGCUGGUCCUUGUUAACAAAUCAAAUCAAAUCAAAUGUAUUGGUCACAUACACAUGGUUAGCAGAUGUUAUUGCGAGUGUAACGAAAUGCUUGAGCUUCUAGUUCCGACAGUGCAGUAAUAUCUAGCAAGUAAUAUCUAACAGUUCCACAACCAAAAACCUAAUACACACAAUCUAAGUAAAGGAAUGGAAUAAGAAUAUACAGUGAGGGAAAAAAGUAUUUGAUCCCCUGCUGAUUUUGUACAUUUGCCCACUGACAAAGACAUGACCAGUCUAUAAUUUUAAUGGUAGGUUUAUUUGAACAGUGAGAGACAGAAUAACAAAACAAAAAUCCAGAAAAAUGCAUGUCAAAAAUGUUAUCAAUUGAUUUGCAUUUUAAUGAGGGAAAUAAGUAUUUGACCCCUCUGCAAAACAUGACUUAGUACUUGGUGGCAAAACACUUGUUGGCAAUCACAGAGGUCAGACGUUUCUUGUAGUUGGCCACCAGGUUUGCACACAUCUCAGGAGGGAUUUUGUCCCACUCCUCUUUGCAGAUCUUCUCCAAGUCAUUAAGGUUUCGAGGCUGACGUUUGGCAACUCGAUCCUUCAGCUCCCUCCACAGAUUUUCUAUGGGAUUAAGGUCUGGAGCCUGGUUAGGCCACUCCAGGACCUUAAUGUGCUUCUUCUUGAGCCACUCCUUUGUUGCCUUGGCCGUGUGUUUUGGGUCAUUGUCAUGCUGGAAUACCCAUCCACGACCCAUUUAAUGCCCUGGCUGAGGGAAGGUGGUUCUCACCCAAGAUUUGACGGUACAUGGUCCCGUCCAUUGUCCCUUUGAUGCGGUGAAGUUGUCCUGUCCCCUUAGCAGAAAAACACCCCCAAAGCAUAAUGUUUCCACCUCCAUGUUUGACGGUGGGGAUGGUGUUCUUGGGGUUAUAGGCAGCAUUCCUCCUCCUCCAAACACGGCGAGUUGAGUUGAUGCCAAAGAGCUCCAUUCUGGUCUCAUCUGACCACAACACUUUCACCCAGUUCUCCUCUGAAUCAUUCAGAUGUUCAUUGGCAAACUUCAGAUGGGCCUGUAUAUGUGCUUUCUUGAGCAGGGGGACCUUGCGGGCGCUGCAGGAUUUCAGUCCUAAACGACGUAGUGUGUUACCAAUUGUUUUCUUGGUGACUAUGGUCCCAGCUGCCUUGAGAUCAUUGACAAGAUCCUCCCGUGUAGUUCUGGGAUGAUUCCUCACCGUUCUCAUGAUCAUUGCAACUCCACAAGGUGAGAUCUUGCAUGGAGCCCCAGGCCAAGGGAGAUUGACAGUCCUUUUGUGUUUCUUCCAAUUGCGAAUAAUCGCACCAACUGUUGUCACCUUCUCACCAAGCUGCUUGGCGAUGGUCUUAUGCCCAUUCCAGCCUUGUGUAGGUCUACAAUCUUGUCCCUGACAUCCUUGGAGAGCUCUUUGGUCUUGGCCAUGGUGGAGAGUUUGGAAUCUGAUUGAUUGAUUGCUUCUGUGGACAGGUGUCUUUUAUACAGGUAACAAGCUAAGAUUAGGAGCACUCCCUUUAAGAGUGUGCUCCUAAUCUCAGCUCGAUACCUGUAUAAAAGACACCUGGCAGCCAGAAAUCUUUCUGAUUGAGAGGGGGUCAAAUACUUAUUUGACCCCCUUUAUAACAUUUUUUACAUGCGUUUUUCUGGAUUAUUUUGUUGUUAUUCUGUCUCUCACUGUUCAAAUAAACCUACCAUUAAAAUUAUAGACUGAUCAUUUCUUUGUCAGUGGGCAAACGUACAAAAUCAGCAGGGGAUCAAAUACUUUUUUCCUUCACUGUACACUGCUCAAAAAAAUAAAGGGAACACUUAAACAACACAAUGUAACUCCAAGUCAAUCACACUUCUGUGAAAUGAAACUGUCCACUUAGGAAGCUACACUGAUUGACAAUACAUUUCACAUGCUGUUGUGCAAAUGGAAUAGACAACAGGUGGAAAUUAUAGGCAAUUAGCAAGACACCCCCAAUAAAGGACUGGUUUUGCAGGUGGUGACCACAGACCACUUCUCAGUUCCUAUGCUUCCUGGCUGAUGUUUUGGUCACUUUUGAAUGCUGGCGGUGCUUUCACUCUAGUGGUAGCAUGAGACAGUGUCUACAACCCACACAAGUGGCUCAGGUAGUGCAGCUCAUCCAGGAUGGCACAUCAAUGCGAGCUGUGGCAAGAAGGUUUGCUGUGUCUGUCAGCGUAGUGUCCAGAGCAUGGAGGCACUACCAGGAGACAGGCCAGUACUUCAGGAGGUGUGGAGGAGGCCGUAGGAGGGCAACAACCCAGCAGCAGGACUGCUACCUCCGCCUUUGUGCAAGGAGGAGCAGGAGGAGCACAGCCAGAGCCCUGGAAAAUGACCUCCAUCAGGCCACAAAUGUGCAUGUGUCUGCUCAAACGGUCAGAAACAGACUCCAUGAGGGCCCGACGUCCACAGGUGGGGGUUGUGCUUACAGCCCAACACCGUGCAGGACGUUUGGCAUUUGCCAGAGAACACCAAGAUUGGCAUAUUCGCCACUGGCGCCUUGUGCUCUUCACAGAUGAAAGCAGGUUCACACUGAGCACGUGACAGACGUGACAGAGUCUGGAGACGCCGUGGAGAACGUUCUGCUGCCUGCAACAUCCUCCAGCAUGACCGGUUUGGCAGUGGGUCAGUCAUGGUGUGGGGUGGCAUUUCUUUGGGGGGCCGCACAGCCCUCCAUGUGCUCGCCAGAGGUAGCCUGACUGCCAUUAGGUACCGAGAUGAGAUCCUCAGACCACUUGUGAGACCAUAUGCUGGUGCGGUUGGCCCUGGGUUCCUCCUAAUGCAAGACAAUGCUAGACCUCAUGUGGCUGGAGUGUGUCAGCAGUUCCUGCAAGAGGAAGGCAUUGAUGCUAUGGACUGGCCCGCCCGUUCCCCAGAACUGAAUCCAAUUGAGCACAUCUGGGACAUCAUGUCUCGCUCCAUCCACCAACGCCACGUUGCACCACAGACUGUCCAGGAGUUGGCGGAUGCUUUAGUCCAGGUCUGGGAGGAGAUCCCUCAGGAGACCAUCCGCCACCUCAUCAGGAGCAUGCCCAGGCGUUGUAGGGAGGUCAUACAGGCACGUGGAGGCCAUACACACUACUGAGCCUCAUUUUGACUUGUUUUAAGGACAUUACAUCAAAGUUGGAUCAGCCUCUAGUGUGGUUUUCCACUUUAAUUUUGAGGGUGACUCCAAAUCCAGACCUCCAUGGGUUGAUAAAUUUGAUUUCCAUUGAUCAUUUUUGUGAUUUUGUUGUCAGCACAUUCAACUAUGUAAAGAAAAAAGUAUUUAAUAAGAUUAUUUCAUUCAUUCAGAUCUAGGAUGUGUUAUUUUAGUGUUCCCUUUAUUUUUUUGAGCAGUGUAUAAAUAUAUGGAUGAGCAAUGUCCUCAGAGUGGCAUAUGCUAAGAUGCAAUAGAUAGUAUAGAAUACAGUAUAUACAUAUGAGAUGGGUAAUGCAAGAUAUGUAAACAUUAAUAAGAUAGUAUAGAAUACAGUAUAUACAUAUGAGAUGGGUAAUGCAAGAUAUGUAGACAUUAUUAAGAUAGUAUAGAAUACAGUAUAUACAAAUGAGAUGGGUAAUCCAAGAUAUGUAAACAUUAUUAAGAUAGUAUAGAAUACAGUAGAUACAUAUGAGAUGGGUAAUGCAAGACGACAUCACCUUGUGGCAUAACCAUGUUUGUUGACACUGAGGGCUGUGUCUGGGCCUGGGGUCUGACGACAGUAAAAUCACUCCCUCUCUUUUCCUCUUUCAUUAUUUCCUCCCUCAAUCUCUCCAUCUUAUUUUCCUUUCAUCUCGUCUGCCUCCCCCCUCUCUCUCUCUGUAGUGGUCUAAGGGGUAGCAGUAAUCAGUCUACAAUUAGUGACAAGAAAACAAUUGGGAUUUUUUUAUUCCCGGUUCAGAUAAGAGUAAGACAGGGUUGUGUGUGUUUUAUUUAGUGUGUGUGUGCAUACAUGUGUGUUUUGUUAGUGUGUGUUUGAAGGCCAUAGCCCAGCUUCCUCACUGUGUAAUUAAUAUGGUAGGAAUGUGCUGAGUCCACAAACUGGAGCAGAUCUGACAAAGCUUUUCCUCUCUCACGUUUUCUUUCCCUCUCAUCCCUCUUUUACUCACUGUCUCUCGAUCCACUUUCUUUCUCUCUCUGUUUUACUCUUUUCUCCUCUCCUUUGCCCCUUGUCCUUUGCCUUGUUAUCACUGCAGACAAAGACACUUUACACACACACACGCACACACAGAGGCACAUUGAGUUCUUUCUGCAACAGUCUUUCAACAAAAAUACCAACCAAAUGCCACCCAAACCAAGCAAUCAUCCCUUCUGCUGAUAUGUGCAUAACAACAGGGCCUGACAUAUCCAUCCUUCAUUUGGACCUUUUAGAUCGUUCAAUAUUGACUGAUGAUUGUGUGAAUGGGUCAGAUUGCUGUUGUAAGACAUGUACACACCCUCUGGAAGAAUGUGAUUGGAAGACAAUGAUCAUGUUCAUUCUAAGGGUCAUUCUAAGGAAUCUAAAUUAAGGAAGUUUCACAUUGUGUCAAUGUUUUUCACUUUCUUCCCGGAACUUUGCUGUGAUGGGGGUCACAGUCCUUUAAAGACCUUGGGUCAUCAAACUUUCUCUGGAAGUGAAAUAUGAGACCUAAAACAGCUGCCGUUGCUCUGUCUGAGUUAUUACUGUUAUUUAUGUGACUUGGGGUUAAGAAGAGCAUCUGCAUCAAACUAUAGACUGAUACCAACUGUUGUUGUGUUAGUUUGUUAUUUAUCUGUUUGAUUUUCUGGGUUUUGCUGACAACUAGAGUUACAGAAGAUACUCUCCUGCUGUUUUACUGACACACACACACCAUCUCUCUGACAACUAUUUGUGUGUGUGUGUGUGUGUGUGUGUGUGUGAGAGAGCGAGGGAAGCGGGGGGUGUAGACUUUUCCUGUGUGGAAAAUAACCAGGAUUCUGACAGUACAGCGGGAUUACUACAGCCAUAGAGUACUGAUCCUCUUCCUGCUCUGUCUCCCUAUUGGAAUCUCUCUAUUGUCUAGAUUUAAUCAAGCGGUGUGUGUGUGUGUGUGUGUGUGUGUGUGUGUGUGUGUUGUAGCUGUUGGAUGUGACUAGUAGGACAGUAGGGUUGUGUAAGUUUUUUGGCUUCUAGUCUGGAGAAUAACAGGAACACUUCUUAGGUUCCUCCUUCCUGUGAGGUCAGAGGUCAGGAGGAAGUUGAUCAUGUGUCCUAUCUCACUAGACAUUCCUCCAUGUUUGUUUUCUCAGGGAGGAAUCUGGAACUUUCUAUCUAGCCAGAUGAGAUUGUGAAAGAGUGAAACAAUGUUAUCCCCUCUUCUUUCUCUCUGAACGCGCUGUCCAUUCUGUUACUGAAGACAUACUCCCUAGGCCAAGAUCACUGUGUGGGGCAGGUGGUUAAAGAAGACAGACUAUGGACUCUCCUUCCUGUGUCUUCUACUGGACACACAAACGCACAGCCCUCUGAGUCUGUGCAACAUCGUUGUUCUUCCUACAUCGCUGAGGAAGGUCGAGAUGUGUGCUACAAACUAACCUCUUCAGAAGAUACCGAAGAGAAUACUUGAAUCAGUUUUCCUUUGGGUUCAUUAAAACGUCUCUAGUACCAUUGGAUCCCAGGUACAGGUCGUCACCAGUUCUGUUACAAUAUAUGCCAUUCAACAGGGUUGAAUUGUUCAAAAUCAGUUCCAGAUUUACUGAAUCAAUUGUUACGACAUUGUCUUAAUAGUGUUGGCGUUUUAAUCUUGCAUCUAUUUGUUCACACACUCCCCUUUCUCCUCCCUUGUUUUAUCAAAGCCAGCUCAGCCCACUCUCUGGAGAGAGGAACAAUCUUGGUUCAACCCAACCCUUGGCUACAAUAACACUGGAGCAACAACCUUACUGGAAUAAAACUGGAAAUUACAAAAAUUAUAUGUUAGUGUGUGUUUAUUUCUCUGGCACUGCAGCGGAGUGCCACCCACCCAUACACACACAUGCACACUCACACCUCACCCUCACCACUAUUCUCCAGAGAGCUGUCUUAUCUAACUGUUAUCCUAGCACCCUACAAAGUCGACAUGACCUCAAAGUAAAUACCAGUUAGUACACUUCAAAGUGGCUGAGUGCACGCUUGACCUAGCGGAAUUAAGGUUGACCAAAUAGUCAUGCUGUUCAUAAGCCGCUGAUGAGUGACAGUGUGAGCAGGGCCGGCGCCAGAACGAAUCAGUUGGAUGGGCAUUUGAUUUCUAUAGGCGGGCCCGUUUUUUUCACGGGACCUCCUGUGUGCACGCACUUGCACAAAUGUUGUUAAUGGUUGUUAUAAAAAAUAAAAAAAAGUGAACCUUUAUUUAAUUAGGCAAGUCAGUUAAGAACAAAUUCUUAUUUACAAUGGUGGCCUAUUAUGAUAAAGACAGCUUGUGAGUUUCAAGUUUGGGGAAGCUUACAAGUAAUACAAUUUCUACCUAUCUGCGUGCCAGUUAUGAUUUUUAUACUGUAUUUGCAUUUUCGUGGAACAGUUUCAUUUCAAUAAUAACGUUUUUCGUUUCUCAAAACUAUUGUCACAUGGUUCAUCAUUAAAAAUCGUAAUAAAAAUCUAAAAGUUAAAAUUAAACUAAUGCAAGAGUGCCAGCCUUUGCCAUAUGGACACAUUGAUAGGCUACAACGUGAUCCAUUGGAAGAAAUGAGCGCAUGGAACUCAGAGAUAGCCUAUAGGCCAAUGCAGCAAGUAGGCCAAUAACUUCCAUCAUCAACUAAGUAAAAUACAUAGGCCUAAAGCCGACAAAAUAAAAACACUAGAACAUAUCCUGAUGAAAAUUCUGGUUAUUUCAAUUGCAUGAAUCUCUACUCUGCCUGCCUUUCUAUCAGUCUUGAUUUGAGCUAUGGCUAGUGAAGUGCAACAUUGUAUCAACUCAGCAGGUUGGUGUGCUCAGGCGUGGGCGCUCCCUAAAUUAUGGUUAUGAAAUAAAUACAAACUUGUUUCUCACAAGUGUAGCAGGUUGAACUCUGCAAACAACGUUUCCACUCUGAGAAUGAGAAUGGUAAAUGACUAAUACUGUGGCUUGCGAAAGUAUUCACCCCCCUUGGCAUUUUCCCUAUUUUGUUGCCUUACAACCUGGAAUUAAAAUUGAUUUUGGGGGGGUUUGUAUCAUUUGAUUUACACAACAUGCCUACCACUUUGAAGAUGCGAAAUAUUUUUCAUCAUGAAACAAACAAGAAAUAAGACAAAAAAACAGAACUUGAGCGUGCAAACUAUUCACCCCCCCAGAGUCAAUACUUUGUAGAGACACCUUUUGCAGCAAUUACAGCUGCAAGUCUCUUGGGGUAUGUCUCUAUAAGCUUGGCACAUCUAGCCACUGGGAUUUUUGCCCAUUCUUCAAGGCAAAACUGCUCCAGGUCCUUCAAGUUGGAUGGGUUCUGCUGGUGUACAGCAAUCUUUAAGACAUACCACAUAUUCUCAAUUGGAUUGAGGUCUGGGCUUUGACUAGGCCAUUCCAAGACAUUUAAAUGUUUCCCCUUAAACCACUCAAGUGUUGCUUUAGCAGUGUGCUUAGGGUCAUUGUCCUGCUGGAAGGUGAACCUCCGUCCCAAUCUCAAAUCUCCUGAAGAAUGAAACAGGUUUCCCUCAAGAAUGUCCCUGUAUUUAGCACCAUCCAUCAUUCCUUCAAUUCUGACCAGUUUCCCAGUUUCCACCACCAUGCUUCACUGUGGGGAUGGUGUUCUCUGGGUGAUUAUAGGUGUUGGGUUUGCGCCUGACAAAGCGUUUUCCUUGAUGGCCAAAAAUAUCAAUUUUAGUCUCAUCUGACCAGAGUACCUUCUUCCAUAUGUUUGGGGAGUCUCUCACAUGCCUUUUGUCGAACACCAAAUGUGUUUGCUUAUUUUUUUCUUUAAGCAAUGGCUUUUUUCUGGCCACUCUUCCGUAAAGCCCAGCUCUGUGGAGUGUACGGCUUAAAGUGGUCCUAUGGACAGAUACUCCAAUCUCUGCUGUGGAGCUUUGCAGCUCCUUCAGGGUUUUCUUUGUCUCUUUGUUGCCUCUGAUUCAUGCCCUCCUUGCCUGGUCCGUGAGUUUUGGUGGGCUGCCCUCUCUUGGCAGGUUUGUUGUGGUGCCAUAUUCUUUCCAUUUUUUAAUAAUGGAUUUAAUGGUGCUCCGUGGGAUGUUCAAAGUUUCUGAUAUUUUUUUAUAACCCAACCUUGAUCUGUACUUCUCUGCAACUUUGUCCCUGACCUGUUUGGAGAGCUCCUUGGUCUUCAUGGUGCUGCUUGCUUGGUGGUGCCCCUUGUUUAGUGGUGUUGCAAACUCUGGGGCCUUUCAGAACAGGUGUGUAUAUAUACUGAGAUCAUGUGACACUUAGAUUGCACAUGUGGACUUUAUUUAACUAAUUAUGUGACUUCUGAAGUUAGUGUAACCAAUUAUCUUAUUUAGGGGCUUCAUAGCAAAGGGCGUGAAUACAUAUGCAUGCACCACUUUUCUGUUAUUUAUUUUUUAGAAUUCUUUGAAACAAGUAAUUUUUUUCAUUUCACUUCACCAAUUUGGACUAUUUUGUGUAUGUCCAUUACAUGAAAUCCAAAUAAAAAUCCAUUUAAAUUACAGGUUGUAAUGCAACAAAAUAGGAAAAACGCCAAGGGGGAUGAAUACUUUUGCAAGGCACUGUACAUGCAUUAACAGAAAUUAAUGUAACCAAAUGACGGAGAUUAAUGGUAAAUUUACUAGUCCUACUGGUUACAAAUUGUAAUGGGGAAUUUAUCAAAAUAAACAAAGGGCAAACAAAUGAAACAAUGAAUGUGCAAGAAUUGGCAGGAGACAGAGGAGCACAUUCUGGAGAGCUGAGUGCAUGCAUUCUGGAGAGAGAUGCCCAUAUCUCCCCAACACACCCCUCCCCUUCUUCUUGUCUCAACAUUUUAAAUUAUACUCAAAACACAUUAUAGAUGCUUUUCGCUAAGCCUAUUGCCACAUGUGCUGCCCAGAUUGAUGGCUUCCCAAAUAGCCUAUACACUUCUGAUUUGAAACAAUCAGAGACGUAGCAAACCUGAGAGAAAUUGAAAGUUUAUAGUCAGUGACUUUCAAUGUGGCACUGUCAUAGGAUGCCAUCUUUCCAACGAGUCAGUUCGUCAAAUUUCUGCCCUGCUAGAGCUGCCCUGGUCAACUGUAAGUGCUGUUAUUGUGAAGUGGAAACGUCUAGGAGCAACAACGGCUCAGCCGCGAAGUGGUAGGCCAUACAAGCACACAGAAUGGGACCGCAGAGUGCUGAAGCGCGUAAACAAUUGUCUGUCCUCGGUUGCAACACUCACUACCGAGUUCCAAACUGCCUCUGGAAGCAACGUCAGCACAAGAACUGUUCGUCGGGAGCUUCCUGAAAUGGGUUUCCAUGGCCGAGCAGCCGCACACAAGCCUAAGAUCACCAUGCGCAAUGCCUAGCGUCAGCUGGAGUGGUGUAAAGCUCGCCGCCAUUAGACUCUGGAGCAGUGGAAAUGCAUUCUCUGGAGUGAUGAAUCACACUUCACCAUCUGGCAGUCCGACGGACUAAUCUGGGUUUGGCGGAUGCCAGGAGAACGCUACCUGCCCCAAUGCAUAGUGCCAACUGUAAAGUUUAUUGGAGGAGGAAUUAAUGGUCUAGGGCUGUUUUUCAUGGUUCGGUCUAGGCCCCUUAGUUCCAGUGAAGGGAAAUCAAUGACAAUCUAUAAAUUCUGUGCUUACAACAUUGUGGCAACAGUUUGAGGAAGGCCCUUUCCUAUUUCAGCAUGACAAUGCCCCCGUGCACAAAGCGAGGUCCAUACAGAAAUUGUUUGUUGAGAUCGGUGUGGAAGAAAGUUGGUGGAGGAGUAUUUCUCCAAAUCAGUAAAUUGAAAUCAAUUCAUUAGGCCCUAAUCUAUGGAUUUCACAUGACUGGGCAGGGGAGCAGCCAUGGGUGGGCCUGGAAGGGCAUAGGCCCACCCACUUGGGAGCCAGGCCCACCCACUGAGGAGUAUUUCUGUCUGUAAUAAAGCCCUUUUGUGGGGAAAAACUCAUUCUGAUUGGGUGGGGCUGGCUCCCCAGUUGGUGGGCCUAUAUCCUCCCAGGCCCACCCAUGGCUGCUCCCCUGCCCAGUCAUGUGAAAUCCAUAGAUUAGGGCCUAAUGAAUUGAUUUCAAUUUACUGAUUUGGAGAAAUACUCCUCCACCAACUUUCAAGUGACUGAUUUCCUUCAAUGAACUGUAACUCAGUAAAAUCUUUGAAAUUGUUGCAUGUUGGGUUUAUAUUUUUGUUCAGUAUAUGACUGGUGGAAGUUCAGUUUGCAUCAGGGGAGCAUGUUGUCUAGUGACAGGGUUCAUGAAAACAGGAAAAGGAUUUUAAAGUUUACAGAGUUCCUGGCAUCAGGGUGUCUAAAACCUUUGUCCUGUCAGAUUUAAGAGAGAGAGAGAGUGUGUGUGUGUGUGUGUACACCAUUGUAUUGUCAGUUAAGAGACAGACUAUAAAACUAUCUUGGUGCCAGUCUCUCUGCUCUGGUCUGUGAGUCACUGAACUAUGGGGAGAGAGAGAGGGAGUGAAAGAAAGAGGGAGAGAGCGAGGUUAAAGGAAAAGUCCAAGGUCUCUUCCGUGAGAGAUCAGUUUAAGGGAAUUUCUCAUGAUAACUUUGUGCAUAAAUAAAUACACAAUGAAUGUCCCAUUCUCUGUGUGUGCAUGCAUGCGCGUCUGUGUGUCACGUCCGGUAGUCAGCUCCCAUGCCCUUGUCAGCAGGGCUCAGUGGGGAAAGUUUUAAGGCUGUUAUGCCUAACAGCGUAUCUAUGGUGAUGGAUGUGUUUGUGUGGGAGUGUGUGUGUGCAUGAGCAUCAGAGCGCACACAGAGAUGAUCUAAACCCAGAUGCCUAACGUUGCAAUACUUCCAGGAACGCUUUCGCCAAGCAGACUCGACAGACCAGACAGGGGUUUGGGAAGUCAAUGGGAGAAGUGAAAAAUGCUUCCUUAGCUGUUAAUUUUCUCUAAAUCUAAAGGCACAACCUAGAUGUCUUAAAUAGCUGAACGUGUUAUUACUCCAACCUUGUGUGAAAGUGACUUUGAUUUGACGGCCUGCAAAUGCGCAGUUCGGAUCGAGACGACCGUUAGACCCGAUGACGUUUCUGAGCUUAGCUAGCCAAUGUUGCCAUGACAUCGCCUACAAGCGUGAUUGGGGAUUUCUAUUGGAGAAGCAGUUUCUAGGCAUCGUCAUACGAUACAAUCUUUGGAGCGCGUGUGUGUGGUGAUAGCUAGCAGCUAGCAGCUUCCUCUCCAGGGGACAGAGGUCACUGCUAUACUGCUGACCAAUAAGUGCCUAGAUGUGCCUUCACAGUUCCUGUCCAGCUGAUAGAUUUAAACAUGUCUGUCAGAGCCUGUUGAGCUGUUUCUUAAACCUCAACCUCACCUAGGCCUAUACGGAGACAAGUUCAGCACCAUGUUGAUACCGUCUCCCUCGACCCACUCUGACACCCCUCCUCUCUCUGCCUCUCCUUGCCCCUUCCUAUCUCUCUCCCUCCUUCCCAGCGGCCCUUCCGUCAGCGGUCUUGACGUUGAUGUUCAGUCCGUACCAGAGGGGUAUCUACUGUGAUGACGAGAGCAUCAGAUAUCCUUACAGAAGAGACACCAUCUCUCACAGGGCAAUGGCUGCAGUCACCAUCACCUCCUCCAUGGUCAUAGUAAGUUUGAUGAACAACUCGAUGGUUAUGUACAAAAUGGCACACUAUGCUAUGAGUUUGCCUCUCUCUCUCUCUCCAUAGAUAACUACAGGAGAAGCGUACCUGGUGUACUCCAAGCGUCUCCACUCCAACUCUAACUUUAACCAGUACAUGUCAGCUCUCUACAAGGUCAGUUGGAACACAGGCCAUAGUUUUGGGCCGACAAUAUGUGGUCUUAGCUUGGAUUGGCUAGCUGCCUCUUCCCAAUUUCAUUGGUUUGGGAAAGUGGUUAAAUUGGCCUGUGCUGUGCCUCUACUAGGUGGUGGGGACCUUCCUGUUUGGAGCAGCUGUGAGCCAAUCACUGACUGACCUGGCCAAGUUCACCAUAGGCAGGCCACGCCCUAACUUCCUGUCUGUGUGUAAUCCCACUGUGUGUUCUGGGUACAUGCUGCAACUCAACUGUACUGGCAACCCUCGAAACGUCACAGAGUCCAGGUCUGUCCGUCUUUCUGUCCGUCUUUCUUUCUUCUCUUGCUAUGUCAUACAAUGUCAACGUGAGUUUAUGUCCUCUAUGUUCCAGAUUGUCGUUUUACUCCGGACACUCUGCCUUCGGGAUGUACAGCAUGCUGUUUCUAGCGGUGAGUGUUUUUUUAUAUUUGUGUGAGUUUCAUACACACACACACGUGAGAUGACGAUUCAUGUCUGUGUAUAUGUCCUGUGUGUAUAGUUGUAUGUGCAAGCCCGUAUGCAGGGGAAGUGGACUCGUCUGGUCAGACCCACAGUGCAGUUCUCCCUCGUGGCGUUUGCGGUGUAUGUUGGAUACACACGGGUUAGCGACUACAAACACCACUGGAGCGACGUACUGGUGGGACUGCUGCAGGGAACUCUCAUCGCUGUGCUCAACGUGAGUGUGUGUAUAGGGGGUUGUAGGAGGUGUGUGUGUAUAGGGGGUUGUAGGAGGUGUGUGUGUAUAGGGGGUUGUAGGAGGUGUGUGUGUGUAGGGGGUUGUAGGAGGUGUGUGUGUAUAGGGGGUUGUAGGAGGUGUGUGUGUGUAGGGGGUUGUAGGAGGUGUGUGUGUAUAGGGGGUUGUAGGAGGUGUGUGUGUGUAGGGGGUUGUAGGAGGUGUGUGUGUAUAGGGGGUUGUAGGAGGUGUGUGUGUGUCUGUGUGUUUGUACACGUCUGACUACUAGUGCUGAGCAAUUAACCGAAAUGUCUGUAAUUUUUCGGUUUUUGAACAACUAAUUGACUGAUGUCGGUUCAAUUAUUUGAAUUCCAUUUCGUUUGUUUUUUUCUGUUAGCUCAAUGCACACAUUGCACAGUUUCUCUAGAGAUAAAUCAGAUCAAGCCGAACUGUGCGAUGUAGUAGGGAGUUGUAGGUUCCAGAAAAGACAUGAUCUAAGUGAUUGAUAGUUGGUAUUCAGCAGUCAUAAAAGUAUGCCUUAUUUACUUUGAAGAACUACUAAAAUAGUGAUUUUGUCAGACUGCAUAGACAGCAGCUCUAUAGAGAUGAGAUGAUGACUUGGAAUGAAAUAAUAAAGUCAUCAAAUAAAACAAAUGUAAUAUACACAACAUCUGAGAUUUUAUUAAAGUAAUGUGAAUAAAUUAUGGUUAAUAAGUGAUGAGCAGUAAUGGGCAGUCACUACCAUCAUGGGACUUUUAUUAAUUGUUUUAAUCUGUGUUACAGCAUUCAACCCACAAUGCAUAGUGCAUUUAAUGUUUUAAAAAACAAUAGUGACCGAAAUCGAAAACAUAAUUAUUUUUUAAUAAUCGAACUGACCUCAAAAAGCAGUAAUCGCUCAGCACUACUGACUAUAAACUAUCCUUUUCUCUCAGGUUUGCUACGUCUCUGAUUUUUUUAAGCUCCGCCCCCCUCCUCGCUGCCUACGACCAGAGACAGCUGAAGACGAAGACCUAGAGGCCAAACCUGGCCUGAACACAGACACACAACUACACAACUACAGCCUGAACAGAGACACACAACACAACAACCACUACAACUACACCACUACCACAGCCUGA